GCUGGGUGUUGUGUGUGUAUGUGUGUGUGUGUGUGUGUCGGCACUGGCCCACAAGCAGCUUUGAUGGCCAGCGGUAACUGGCUGCUGGUCGGGACGUCUCUCGGCGCUGUGCUCCUCGCUCUGCUGCUCCUCAUCACUCUCUACUCGGUCGGUGACUAUGUGCACAAAUGGCACCGACUGAAGCCGAUCCCGGGAGUCAGCCCGACCUACCCCAUCCUGGGCAACGCGCUGCUCUUCAAACCCAAGGGAGAGGACUUCUUUCUUCAGUUGUUGGAGUCCAUCGAUCAGUUCAAAGAUGAGCCUCUAAUGAAGGUAUGGCUCGGGCCACUACCAUUCAUUGUGUUGUUUCAUGCUGAGUGUGUGGAGAAGAUUCUGAGCAGCUCCAAGCAUCUUGAUAAGUCGUAUGCAUACACGUUUCUACAACCCUGGCUUGGCACUGGUCUGCUGACAAGUACUGGCGAUAAAUGGCGUAGGAGGAGAAAAAUGCUCACCCCAGCAUUUCACUUUUCCAUUUUGACGGAAUUUCUGGAGGUCAUGAAUGAACAAACCAAUAUUUUGCUUGAAAAGCUGGAGGCGAAAGCUGGAAAGGGAGUCUUUAACUGUUUCAAUAAAAUCACACUCUGUGCCUUGGACAUCAUCUGUGAAACUGCCAUGGGCAAGAAAAUCCAUGCUCAGGAAAACAGUGAAUCUGAAUACAUUCAGGCAAUCUACAGGAUGAGUGAUUUAAUUCAACGCAGACAAAAGAUGCCCUGGUUUUGGCUGGAUUUUGUGUACAAUACAUUUGGAGAAGGAAAGGAGCAUAACCAUAAUCUGAGAAUCCUGCAUUCCUUCACAGAAAAGGUGAUCGCUGAGAGGGUUCGUGAAAUGGAGACUCAUGUGGAAUCCAACCAUUCGGGUUUCGAUUUAGACUCCAAUUCAAAGAGCAAAAAGAAGCGUAAGGCCUUUCUUGACUUGAUUCUCAGUGUGACUGACGAAAAUGGGAAGAAGCUGAGCCAUCAGGAUAUCAGGGAAGAAGUGGACACAAUUAUGUUUGAGGGUCAUGAUACAACAGCUGCUGCCUUAAACUGGACUCUCCACCUCUUAGGAUCUCAUCCUAAUGUUCUGAAGAAGGUACACAAAGAGCUGGAUGAUGUAUUUGGUAAUUCUGAUCGUGCUGUUACAAUGGAGGAUCUAAAAAAUCUACACUUUCUUCAGUGUGUUAUCAAGGAAUCUCUGCGCCUGUUCCCCUCUGUCCCAUUUUUUGCGCGUACUCUAUGUGAGGAUUGCUAUAUCAGAGGCUUUAAGGUUCCCAAAGGAGUCAAUGCUAUUAUUGUUCCUUAUGUCCUACACCGAGAUCCUACAUAUUUUCCAGAACCAGAGGAAUUCAAGCCUGAGCGAUUUUUACUUGAGAAUUCAAGUAAACUAAAUCCAUAUGCAUUUAUUCCAUUUUCUGCUGGCAUUCGAAACUGCAUAGGUCAACGGUUUGCGAUAAUGGAGGAGAAGGUAAUCUUAUCCACUAUUCUCCGUCGAUUUCAUGUGGAGGCGAAGCAGUGCCGAGAGGACUUAGUGCUUAUGGGAGAACUCAUCCUGCGACCACAAAAUGGCAUCUGGAUAGAACUUCACAGAAGAAAAUAAACCCUUGAUUGGGAGAAGACUUGGCCAGGUUCUAUAUGUAUUUUACCAAUCGUGCUGUUGAAAUGAUGCAGCAAACAUCUAAGAAGUUUUUCAUCACAUCCUGAUAUAUGAUUUUGUGCUGUAGCUUUUUUAUGAUUGCUAAAUGUCAUUACAAUUUUAAUUACUGUGAGCUGUUAACCAAUCUUAUAUUUUUCAACUACAUUUUCUUCAGUAUUUCUGAACAUUACGUUUAUCAGCCGCUAAUCAAUGGUUUGGUGAUUGGCUACUCACACAGUUUUAGUUUGGAGUUGCUAUUGUGUGGGCAAUCAUUAGUAGAAAAAGUUUAAUUAAACCAAAACACAGCAAUGUUCCAAUUCUGUUUUGCCAUCAAGCGUUUUCUAUGCUGGACACAAGCUCCAAUAUUUGAUGCUUUUGUAGUUUGAAAGCAAUUGCAAUCAAAUCAAGUAUUUGUUUGAGAAUAGAAAUGAAAAAUGUGCAUUAGUUACAUUGGGGGCAACUCAUACAAAUUAUGCAUUUGAAUCAGAUUUAGGUCAUUGAGUUAUGCUUGUAACAAAUAGAACACAGUUUGUCAUGUAAAUGUUCAUGAAGACCCUUCAACAGAGAACUUAAAUUGGCCUGUUUUAGGAAUGAAGGCAUACAUUCACUCAAAUAACCUUUUUACCUUUGAGAUUUAGGCUCAAAUUGAGCUCAUUCUGGUUGGGAUAGAAAGACUCCUGUUGUCUGUGAGGUUCCUAAUUGAAAUGGGAUUUAACAAUGUAAUUUCUGUUCUGUUGACAAAGGGCUGACUGCAUACUGAUUUACCAAUUUUGAUUUUGAGAGGGCAUAAGGGCAGCUGUGUCACAAAUGGAAAAAGUCAUACUGAUGCAAAAUGGAUUGUAUUCUGGAUUGGAAUGGAAGCACAUUAUGAGGAACUUUACUCUGCUUGGGUUUACACUUUACUUCAUCUGGAAAUGGUUGAUACUGAUCCUUGGUGCCCAGAAGGCAGAAACACGUUUUAUGCAACAACCCAUCUCUAGAAGAAGUUGAUGCUUAUUGUAUCUGUCUAUAUAAAUGUAAUGUUUACAGUGUCUGAAAACAAAGACCAUUAUCAGGUAAUAAAAUGCAAGUAAUAUA